GUCCGGGAUUCGAGCAGCUCAGCUGAGCGCAGAAGUUGUGGCAAUAAGGAGAAAGCUGUGGGGGCGGAGAUGGAUGCGGUCCGGUCCUGGGUGCGAAACGUCGGUGUCGUGGACGCCAAUGUGGCGGCUCAGAGUGGUGUGGCUCUGUCCAGGGCACACUUUGAGAAGCAGCCACCCUCGAACCUACGCAAGUCCAACUUCUUCCACUUUGUGUUGGCGCUCUACGACCGACACGGGCAGCCGGUGGAGGUGGAGAGGACUGCCUUCAUCGACUUUGUGGAGCACGAGAAGGAGCAGACUGGAGAGAAGACGAACAAUGGGACACAUUACAAGCUGCAGCUCCUUUACAGCAACGGGGUCCGGACAGAACAGGACCUGUAUGCACGACUCAUCGACUCUGUCACCAAACAGCCUAUUUCCUACGAAGGACAGAACAAGAACCCCGAGAUGUGCAGAGUGCUGCUCACACAUGAGGUGAUGUGCAGCCGCUGCUGCGAGAAGAAGAGCUGCGGCAACCGAAACGAGACCCCCUCAGACCCGGUCAUCAUCGACAGGUUUUUCUUAAAGUUCUUCCUCAAGUGCAACCAGAAUUGUCUGAAAACGGCGGGGAACCCUCGGGACAUGAGGCGGUUUCAGGUGGUCCUGUCCAGUACGGUUAGUGUGGAUGGUCAUGUCUUGGCUGUGUCGGACAACAUGUUCGUCCACAAUAACUCCAAACAUGGACGUCGCGCACGCAGGAUUGAGCCUGGAGAAAGCGUGGAGAACAGCAUGGAAUAUGCCACCCCCUGCAUAAAAGCCAUCAGCCCCAGUGAGGGCUGGACCACAGGGGGCGCCAUGGUCAUCAUCAUUGGGGAGAACUUUUUUGACGGGCUGCAGGUGGUCUUCGGAAGCAUGCUGGUAUGGAGUGAGCUCAUCACACCCCACGCCAUCCGCGUCCAGACCCCGCCGCGCCACAUCCCAGGGGUGGUGGAGGUCACGCUCUCCUACAAGUCCAAGCAGUUCUGCAAGGGGGCACCUGGACGUUUCAUCUACACAGCCCUGAAUGAACCCACCAUUGACUAUGGCUUUCAGCGUUUGCAGAAGGUCAUACCCAGACACCCCGGGGACCCUGAAAAACUGGCCAAGGAGAUGCUCCUGAAGAGAGCAGCAGACCUGGUUGAGGCCCUCUAUGGAAAUCCUCACAGUAACCAGGACAUGCUUCUGAAGCGUGCUGCAGACAUUGCGGAGGCCCUCUACAGUGUGCCACGCCCCCACAGCCAGCUGCAGGCUCUGCCCAGCUCCCCGGCCCACGGCAGCGUGAUGGGCCUGGGCUCCUACCCUUCCCAGCUGGGAGUCAGCAUCGGUGAGCCAGGCCAGACUGCAGCUCAAGGCUACAUUCGUAACUCCAGCAGCCUGUCCCCGCGAGGCUACCCGUCUGCCUCUACCCCCCAGCAGUCCAGCUAUGGGAGCAGUGGAGGCAUGAGUGGCGGGUAUGGGGCUGUGCCUAUGGCUAGCCUGGGAGUACCGGGUUCCCCGGGCUUCAGCAGCGCCUCUCCCACAGGCUCACCCUAUGGAAUCAUGCCCUCCAGCCCCACCAUCCCUGGGUCCAGUUCCUCCUCCUCAUUGCUCCCCUUCUCCUCGUUCCCAUCCUCCGCCAAGCAGAAGAGCGCCUUCGCUCCAGUACUCCGGCCCCAGGGCUCGCCCUCCCCUGCCUGCACCGCCUCUGGGGGCAACGGCUUCCGAGCAAUGACCGGCCUGGUCAUCCCCCCCAUGUAGUGGAGCGCCAGAACCCCCUGCCUUAGCCUGACCAAAGUGCUCUCCGAUGGAACACAUUUCCACAGCCCUCUCCAGACCCAUCUCGCCAAUGGAGUUUC